AUGCUGAGACUGCCACUCAGACUUCCCCUUAGGUCUCUGGGUGAAUUAGGCGAAGUUGGCAACGCGUGUGCGACAACAUUUUUACAACUUGUCCUUUAUAUUUAUAUACACGCGAGGCAAAAUGGAUGGGGAAAAAGGGCUUUUUGCUUCUCUCAACUUGAAAUCACAAAAGUCUGCCUAAAUCAACGAUCCUAUCCAACAUAUAUAGUCCUUGAGGGGAUUUGCACAAGAUCCUCGCACCCUUAUACUGCACUUGAGGACACGAGUCUUAUGUACCUACCUGGUGUUUCGUUAAAAUUGGUACAUGACUUGCUUCAAGCAUCUGUCUCAGUUCUCGAUGACAGAUUUCAAUAUUUCGAGGAGGGCUUGGACGGUUUUCCAGCCUUCGGAUUUCGUCCUGGUUCCGAAGUCAAGCAACCAUACAGAAUUUACCUUCCUGAGAAACUUCCGGCCGAAUUCACAUUGGUUGCGACUUUUAAGCCCAAGUCAACUAGGCCAAGUUAUCUUUUUGCAGUUCUCAAUCCCUUCGAUACUGUCGUUCAGCUUGGCAUACGUAUUUCGGAUGGACCAGCAUCCAAUCAAAAUGUGUCCCUCGUCUACACAAAUUCAGAUGAACACUCACAUUCCGAAGAUAUCGUUAAGUUUACUGUGCCAAAAUUAACGAAGAAAUGGUCGAAAAUUGUCAUCAAAGUAACAACAACCGACAUCACACUCUAUCUCAAUUGUCAUGAAUUGGGGAAUAAAAAAGUCAUCAGGAUACCGCAGGAAUUGGUUUUCGACACUGCAAGCACACUCUACAUUGCCCAGGCUGGACCGCAUAUCCAGGGAAAAUACGAUGGUCUUCUACAAACUUUAAAACUCUACGCUGGACAUCCUCAGGAUCUCGUCAAGUGUAAUGCCGAUUUUGAUUUUCCUUCGGGCUCUGGCUCGGGUGAAAUCGAAUCAAUUGAAGGUUCAGGAGUGGUUGAUUUUGACAACGUAUUCAUUGUAACUGAUGAUGAUGAUGAUAAUGGUGAGGGAAGCGAGGAAUUUAAUCCACCACCGUUAAUUACACCACCGCCACCAAAUGUCGACGCUCGCGCUAUGAAAGGUGAAAAGGGUGACAAAGGAGACAAGGGUGAGAGUGUGAGAGGACCACCGGGACCACCAGGUCCUCCAGGAGAUGGCUUCGACCUUAAUGACGAGGAAUUCCACGAGAAUAUGCCGAGAGGACCGCCAGGACCAAAGGGAGAGCAAGGUGAAUGCAGCUGUAACGCGACGGCAUUGCUCACAUCCUUCACGAUGCCGAAAAUGAUUCAAGGUCCUAAGGGAGAGCCCGGAGUCCUUGGAAAAGAAGGAAAACAGGGACAAAUGGGACUCACGGGUAUAGCUGGACCGCCAGGUGAAAGAGGACAGCAAGGUACUUUUGGUCAGAAGGGUGAGAAAGGCGAUAUUGGAAUAAUGGGACCAGAAGGACCUCAGGGUCAAAAGGGUGAGCCCGGAAGAGAUGGAAUUGCGGGCGAAAAAGGCGAGAUAGGACCGCCAGGUCCUCCUGGCAAAGGGGAUUUACCCACUUACGAUCCUGAUUGGAAAUCUCGCAGUGUAUACAGGGGGGGCGAUGCUGUGCCAAUAAGACCGGGAUUACCAGGACCAAAGGGCGAUCCAGGAAUGCCGGGAAAUUAUGGACCAAAAGGCGAAAUGGGAAUUUCGGGAAGUAAGGGCGUAAAGGGUGAGGUUGGUCAUAAGGGCUCGAAGGGCGAUCAUGGCAAGGAGGGACAUAAAGGAAAUCAAGGCUAUAAGGGCGAACCUGGUGCACCAGGUGUUCCUGGAUUACCGGGAGCUCCUGGAGAAAAUGGAAGACCAGCUGAAAAAGGCACCAAGGGUGACGCUGGUCCAGAGGGAAGAAUCGGCCCUGCUGGACCACCAGGACCUCCUGGAAUUGGUGGCAUUAAUGUUGGCGACACCGCUGCUGGUGUCAAAGGAGAGAAAGGAGAGAUAGGAAGUUUUGGUUACAAAGGUGAAAUUGGAUUGAAGGGUGAGAAAGGUGAUAAAGGAGAUUUCGGACCUUCUGGAAUUCCAGGAGUGAAUGGAGUUCAAGGACCCCAGGGCGAAAAGGGCGAACCGGGAAAGGAUGGAAUUCCUGGUUCAUUCGGGAUUCCGGGAUCGAAAGGUGAUAGGGGCGAGAGAGGUCCACCAGGUCCAACGACAAUUGCUGGCUCUGGUGAUUAUAUUACAAUUAAAGGUGAAAAAGGCUCCGAAGGUAAAAAAGGAAGGAGGGGAAAGCCUGGAAGUCAAGGACCGCCGGGUUUAGCGGGACCUCCGGGAAAGCCUGGAAUUAUCGGUGACAUCGGUCUACCGGGUCACAUGAAUAAGGGUAGACAAGGAACUCCUGGUAUACCAGGAAGUCCAGGUCCCUUGGGACCGAAAGGUGAUAAAGGAGAACCUGCUUCACCAGGUCAUUAUGGAGUUCCUAUUGGCUUGAAAGGCGAGAAGGGAGACGAUGGAUUUCCUGGAAUUCCUGGUCAAUCUGGUAGAGAUGGGCAGAGGGGUCCUCCGGGACCGCCAGGACCUGCUGGUCCCACUGGCCCAAUGGGGCCAGCUCCCCAAGGAAAUUAUAUUCCAGUUCCAGGACCUCCAGGACCUCCGGGUCCUCCUGGUACUCCUGGUCUUUCAUUUGUCGGUCAGAAGGGAGAGCCGGGAAUAGGCAAGAGCCAUUUCUUUGCUGAACGAGAUUAUUAUGGUGCACGACAAGAUACAAGAUUUAAAAGUAGUUUGGAUGAAUUAAAAGCUUUGAGGGAAUUGAAACAACUCAAAGAAUUAAAAGAACAUUUAGGUACGGGCACGGUCUCAACAAGAGGUCCAAUAGAAAGCACAACGAAAAUAGUACCGGGAGCUGUGACAUUCCAAAAUACGGAAGCCAUGACAAAAAUGUCUGGUGUUAGUCCUGUAGGAACAUUAGCUUACAUUAUUGAUGAAGAGGCUUUAUUAGUUAGGGUGAAUAGUGGUUGGCAAUAUAUCGCUCUUGGUUCUCUUCUACCUAUCACAACGCCAGCACCUCCGACAACCGUUCCACCACCUGCAAAUCCACCAUUUGAAGCGUCAAAUCUUAUCAAUCAAAUUCCAAUAAAAGCUGACGGAACAGGAUGGUAUCCACGAAUGCUACGAAUGGCAGCUUUAAAUGAGCCUUUUACUGGAGAUAUGCAUGGGGUUCGUGGAGCUGAUUUCACUUGUUAUCGACAAGCAAAACGAGCAGGCUUAAGAGGCACUUUCCGUGCUUUUCUUAGCUCGAGAGUUCAGAAUGUUGACAGUAUAGUUAGACUAGGCGAUAGAGAUCUCCCCAUUGUAAAUAUCAAGGGAGACGUUCUUUUCAACUCAUGGAAGGAAAUGUUUAACGGAAAUGGAGCCUAUUUCUCCCAGAAUCCACGAAUUUACAGCUUCAAUGGAAAAAAUAUUCUCACCGAUUUCGCCUGGCCGGACAAAGUGACUUGGCACGGUUCUCAUACACUCGGUGAUCGUGCAAUGGACACCUACUGCGACGCUUGGCACUCGAGUAGCUCCGAUCGUUUCGGUCUUGGAUCUCCAUUAACUGGUGGACGUUUACUGGAACAAAUUCGUUACUCGUGUGACAAAAAAUUCGCACUGCUCUGCAUAGAAGUCACCAGUGAAAUUGCGCGGCGACGAAAACGUUCCGACGAUCUCUUUGAAUUUGACUAUGAUGACGAACUAUCGGAAUUUGAAUAUCAAAAACAUUUAGAGCAAGUUAUGAACAAUUGAUUUACCUAAUAUACGUAAAGAGAGAAAGAGAACAAAAAAAAAUGAUGAAAACUCUUUGUACAUAACAAGCCAAAAAAGAAACAAAAGAAGUCGAAGUAUAAUCACAGACGACAAAUUUGAUCCCGUCGAUGCAUAUCUUUGACUGAUACAUAUCUAUAUAAGCGAUCGCAGCAUCAUUAAAAAUCAGGUAAAUGUCGUCUUAUGGUGUGGACACUUCAUACAUCAUGCUUUUAAUUUUUUUCCCUAUUUUUUCAAUCAUCUCAUAAUCAUUUUUCAUUAGAGAUAUUUUAUUUAAAUUAAAGUAUUUCAGUUUUAAAAAAGUAUCCAGAAAAGAGAAUUUUAAUAUUAUUUAUACAGAUUUAUUUAUUUAUUAAUUAUUAAUUUUUUAAUUA